GUUCGGUAAACUAAAACCAUGUAACACGAGCGAUAGACAUAGAAUCCGAAUCGCGCUUUUCAUAGGAAGAACAACCAUGGUCAACGAAGUCGUUUGUUUGCACUUGGGGCAAGCGGGGUGCCGCAUCGGCCAGGAGCUCUGGCAACAGUUUGCCACGGAGCAUGACAUUCAACCUUCAAAGGGAACGAAACUGACCGCCUCGCAGCUGCAGCAGGCGGGAAGGGAAAGCUCAGCAAAUGGAGGCGCGUCGAACACAGGACAGGCCGGCACCUUCUUCAGCGAAAUGCGGUCGGGGCAGAUGGUGCCGCGGGCGGUUUUCAUGGACACGGACCCGAGCUACAAGGACGAACUCUACGCCGCGAACUCGAAUGUCAGGGAUUUAUUUCACCCUGAUAAUCUUCUCGCCUACAAGCAGGACUGCCGGGCUAACUUCUGCGAGGCGCGCACGCAGGCCCGGGAGUACAAGAUUUUGGACGAAGUGACGGAAAGGCUGCGGAAGGUCAGCGACGACUGCGAUCGGGUGCAGGGCUUUUUCACAUUUCACUCCGUCGGGGGCGGAACCGGGUCCGGAAUCGGCGCGGAAUUGUUGAAAAUAAUACGGGAUGACUUACUCGGGGGGAAAGCGCAAAGCAUACAAUGUGGUAUGCAUCAUGGUUGUUGCAAGUAGUACAAGUGCGCCUCUUCGUCGCCUGGCAGUGCUAGGCUGACUAAAAACUUCAUUUUUGUUUAUUGCAUUAAGUAUUUUUUUAUACGCUGGUGAUUAAAGCUGUAAAAAUUCACCUGUUGAAUUUUACAACACAGGUAUUUACCCCAGCCCGAACUACUCGGGCACGGUCUGCGAACCCUACAAUGCCGUCCUGCACACCGCCAACACGGUCGACGGGUCGGACCUCACAUUCUGCCUCGACAACGAGAACUGUGGCAGCGCGUGUGCAAAUUUCGACUUGGCGAAAUCCUCAAAAACGACCAGCAGCUCGAGCAGUUCGUCCUCCUCGUCGAGUAGCAAGAAUGCGAAGUCGACUUCUAGUUCAUCAUCCUCAUCAAGUCGUGCAAAGCCGUCUUUCAACCACAUCAACGCCCUGCUCGCGCAGGCGGUUUCCAUGGCGACGACCUCGCUCCGCUACGAGUGCGAGUUGGCAGCGAAACUCCCCGAGCUGUGCGCCAACCUGGUUCCCGCGAAGCCGUUCCGGUACUGCGUUUUGUCCCUGUCCCCCCUCUGCUCCCCCUCGUCGGAACGGGCAAAGAAGGGGUUCACGGUGGGCGGCGACGGCGACGUAAUACAGGACUUGCUGAAGGGCCGAAACGUGAUGUGCAACGUCGGCCACACCCUGAAGCUCAACCGCUUUCUCGCCGCGUCGUUGCUGGUCCGCGGCUCCGUGCAGGGCGCGCCGUCGGCAGAGGAACCGAACAAGGCGGGAAAAUUGCGCAAAAUCGAGCGGGACGACGUGCGACGGAGUGUGGACACGCUGAUAAAAAGACAAAGCAUGAACUUCCUGCCGUGGGCCAACGCGCAAAGCUGGAAAUUGGGGAUCACGCCCGCGAAGGCGUCACAGCCUAAUGCGCUCAAAGGGGCGAUGGCAAACGCACCCAUGCAGACCUGCUUGAUAGGAAAUAGUAUUCAUGAAGUUUGUUUUUUUACGUCGGUAUAGGCAAAGGCAUCGUAGGAGACAAAUAGUUUUGAGUUCUUUAUUGACACCACAAGCAACAUGCAUUUCAAAAAUAUUUACCUGUACGUCAAAAUCCUAACAUACCGUCACAUCAGCCACCGCGAUCCGCAGUCUUUUCCUGCACCAGUACCAGCGGUACCUGCAGCUUUUUUUCAACAAGGCUUACGUAUGGCACUUUCUCGAGGCGAACGGGGAAUUGGAGGAAUUUUAUGAGGCGAAAGAAUCCGUCCGCGUUUUGCUCGACGCCUACGAAGAAUUGCUCUCUCGUGCGUCCCAGGUCGAAGAUCCAAAAGGACGGCUGAAGGUGAUCGGCAAGACGUCCGCAACUACAGCAAACAAUCCUGCUGGAAAUGGAAACAGACCUGCCGGCGGGGGCGGCAACAAUGCGAUGGCUGUGGAGUGAAGAUCAUGAGCAGCUUGAAUAUUUUCGACGAGCCUCCACUACAAAAAGAAACCGAAGAUGAUGAAUUUCGAAGGCACAGCACAUUUUUUUGCCACAGGUGCACAUGCAUGCCAUUUCCAAGAAGAACGAGUCAAUACACAAAACGGAAGACAAAAGCUGUCGCGCAAUUUCUC